CCUCUUGGCUUCUUCUUGAAAGAAAAACCUUUAAUUUAUCAAGGGAAUGAAAUGAAGAGAAGGGGAAGAAGGUGAGGGAGAGAAAGAAUUACCUGAGAAAACAUUAUCUGACUAAGAAGAGAAUAGCAGAAAGGCCAUCAUCACAAGAAGCAUUCACUGGCCAUGCCAGUGCUCGCAACUAAUGCUGAGUCAGAAACAGGUAUCCCAAAAUCCUUUUCUAAUGAGCUUCCUUCGGAAAUCAUGGAGGAGAUAGAGCACACAUGUCCUCAGCCUCGGCUGACUUUGACAGCACCGGUUCCAUUUGCAGGUGAAACAAGCUGUCAAUGCAAAGCUCCUCAUGAGAAGCUAACCAUUGCUCAGGCCCAUCUUGGAACACCAGUGGAUAGACCUGUCAGAGUCUAUGCAGAUGGAAUAUUUGAUCUCUUCCAUUCUGGUCAUGCAAGAGCUCUCAUGCAAGCCAAAACUCUGUUUCCUAAUAGCUACUUAUUAGUAGGAGUUUGCAGUGAUGAUCUAACACAUAAGUUUAAAGGUUUCACUGUAAUGAAUGAAGAAGAACGUUAUGAGGCCCUCAGACACUGCCGCUAUGUAGAUGAAGUAAUCAGAGAUGCUCCAUGGACACUCACAGCAGAGUUUUUGGAAAAGCAUAAGAUUGAUUUUGUAGCCCAUGAUGAUAUUCCAUAUUCUUCUGCUGGUUCAGAUGAUGUUUACAAGCAUAUAAAGGAGGCGG